AUGCCGAUUCCUUCAUUAACCUCUGGAUUAAGACCACGCACGCAUUAUGGCAGGUCCAAAGAGGCGCAAUCACGCACAGGGUCAACGAAACGGGUAACUCCAGAACAACCUUCCGAAACCAAUGCCGAAUCGAUCGAUGGACCUUUGAAGGCACCGAUAACACACGCCGAGCCUAGCAAUGCGGCGAAACGGCGAAGCUUUCUUCCCCAAUUAGGGCUACAGAGGAGUCCAUCGAAACGAGUGACAGAGACAGAUAUACAAGAGGAUGGGGCAACUGAAAGGCAUAAAAUGACAACAAGAACAUCGAUUUCACACACUUCAGCAAUACCAGCUGCAGCACAAGGUUUCAUUCCCCAACUAGGGACCCAAAGAAGUCCCUCGAAACGUGCUACGGACACAGAUGUACAAGAGGAUGGGGAAGCUGAUAGGCAUAAACCCACGACAAGAACAUCGAUUUCACAGGCAUCAACAAAGCCAACAGUAUCACAAGGUGUAAGAUCAACUCGACCAAGGCCACAGUCAAUGUAUGGUGCCAAUCCUCCUCCACAGGCUGAACAACAGACGGAGACCAGGAAAACAAUUCCUACAAGAUUGUCGCGAAAUCCAGAACGUCUCAGCAAGCCACCUAUAGCGCAGUCUGGAAUUGGUCGUUCGCAGUCAUUACGAAAACCUGCCCCUCCAUCAACGACUGCAGCGGCUACAACGGCGGCUUCAAGUACCAAUGCGCGCACUCACGCGCGUACACAAUCGUCGAUUGUGCUUCCACGGUCGCGAACAGACGGAACGUCAUCGACAAGGCCUAAGUCACUAAUCAUGGAACCCAACUACCCUUCCAAGCCUAUUGUUGAUAGUACGGCGGACAGUGGAACACGUGGGGUACGAGCAUCAGCUCGAAUAGCGGCGAUCAACCGUCCUACUAGGACCCAAGUAGAACCGGAGAGCACUGCGACCUCGAAAGCGCCUUCAAGAACAGUCCAUGAUCCGCAACCCAAUGUUGGAGUAGUACCAAGAAGACGCGAGAAUGCGAAUGAGGCUCCCAAAACCAAAGCUCGCCCAGCCUUCUCGACACUUCAGCAACAUUUCACUCCGAGAAAGACUGGAAAAGCGCCCACCUCAUUUUUCUUACAUCCACAGCCAUCUGACACAAAUCCUCAACUACCGACUGAAAUGUCGACUCUUCAAGCAGAACUUCUCCAACUCCAUCUUCUGCAUGAGAGAUCGGAAGCAACCAUGAGAACUUGGGAAAUGAGCGCAAAAGGGGCCCUACAAGAGCAAUUCCUUGAGGUGGCAAGUCUUUAUCGGGUCAUGCGCGAAAGUGAGCGGCAAGAAACCGAACAAAAGAAUCUAUGGGCACUGCGGGAGUGGAACAGUGGGAAUGCAUCCCUCGGAUUAAUUGAGCAAAUGCAGAUUCUGUCAGACCCGCUCCAAGAAGUUGGUCUGCUUUUGGAGCCAGGAGGCAGGUUUGAACGUCUGGCAAGGGAAUUCGACCAGUGGAUGUCGAAUUUAGACAUUGCUUGGCUUGCCCAGGCAUGUGCAACAUCUUCUCAAGCUGUAGCAGUGAAAAAACCUGCUGGUGGCCUUCACGAUGGAUGGUCGAUGGAGCACGAUGCUUUGACUCGAAAACUCACCCACUAUGUCAGGGAUCUUGACAAAUUGACCCAGCCAGACGCCGAUUCGAGCAUCGCAGGCAUUGUCACAACUUGCAGGACGUUGCUAGGUGGGAUCCUUGAGGAGUUGCACUUGAUGAAAGCCAUUGAAGCAAGGAUGGACAGGCUGGAGAAGGACUGGGUAGAGCAACAAGUGGAGGCCAUUGCUCGACAUGGACAAGUAGAACCAUAUCAGGACUAUCCAUCAGAAGUCUGGCGCACAUGA